AUGUCUAACAUUCCGUCAACCCCGGUCAAAGUCCCCUCAAGCGCCGCAAACUAUACCCCUGCCACGCUGGAUCCAGACCUGCGAUCACAGAUCAACACAGUCUUGUUGCGUGACGGGCAUGUCGCCAAAAUCCAAGAAGCGCUCCUCCACUCCCUGAACUCCCAUUCUACCAACUGGCCCACCGCCAUUCAAACCCACGCCCUUGCUCUCCUGCGAUCCGGCGAGAUCACCACCUUUCCCGCUCUCCUGCACCGCGUCCUCGAGGACGUUCGCCACGACUCUGCCCUCAAUCCCAACACAUCUAGCGCCAACGGUAGCAAGCCCGCUACCAACGGCGAAGCCAAAUCCAAUGGAGCUGAUAAGGAGGCCAAGGGUGCGGACAAUAAACACGGCCUUGCCGUGCCCGAGUCCGUUGUCGAUGAGGCUUUGCGGGUGACGCGCGAGAGCCUCGAGGCCGUCUGCGAGGUUGAGGAUAAACCCAACGCCUGA